AUGGACAUCACGGCCAAUCUGAAGUCUCUGCUGCUGGCCAUCAGCCAGUACAAGGCAGUCAAGUCCGAGGCGAACACUAACCAGCUCCUGCGGCAUUUGGAGGUCAUUUCUGGACAGAAACUUACUCGAUGGUUUACAUCAAACCAGAUACUGCCAAAUGAAUGCCUGAGCUGCCUUGUAGAGCUCCUUGAAGACCCAAAUUUAAGCACUUCACUAACUUUGAGCGUCAUCAACCUGUUAUCUCAGCUAGCUCUAGAUGAUGAUACCAGAGAGUGGCUCCAGAACACUUAUAAUCUGAAUAGUGUCCUAGCAGGAGUGGUAUAUCGGAGCAGUACUGUUCAUAAUGACUCAGUAUCAUUGCAGUGCCUUCAACUCCUGAAGAAGCUGACCUACAACGUUAAAGUUUUCCAUUCUGGUGCCAAUUUUGAUGAGCUAAUUACAUUCCUGAUAGGUCAUAUUCAGUCUCCUGAAGAUGAAUUAACAAUGUCUUGUCUAGGACUUUUGGCAAAUCUUUGUCGGCACAACCUAUCUGUUCAAACUCACAUAAAAUCUUUGAGUGAUGUGAAGACAUUGUAUCGUACUCUCAUUAGCUUCUUAGCCCACAGUAGUUUAACUGUGGUUGUGUUUGCACUCUCAAUUUUAUCAAGUCUAACAUUAAAUGAAGAGGUUGGAGAAAAGCUAUUCCAUUCUCGAAACAUUCAUCAGACUUUUCAGUUAAUAUUUAACAUUCUUGUAAAUGGUGAUGGUACAUUAACCAGAAAGUAUUCAGUUGACCUACUUAUGGAUCUUCUCAAGAACCCUAAAAUUGCGGAUUGUCUCACCAGAUAUGAACACUUCAAUUCAUGCCUUAAUCAAGUAUUAGGUCUUCUUCAUGGGAAAGACCCUGAUUCUUCUUCAAAGGUUUUAGAAUUACUUCUUGCCUUCUGUUCAGUGACACAGCUACGCCACGUCCUUAGUCAGGCCGUAUUUGAACCACCUGCUUCUGGUAGCACAAGACUGGGAAACCAUUCUAAAUCUUUAGAGCCAACAGUUGCUCUGUUACAUUGGUCAAGCCAACCCUUGGAAGCAUCAGAAAACUGUUCUAUUCUAGCACUAGAAUUGUUCAAGGAAAUAUUUGAGGAUGUCAUAGAUUCUGCCAGCUGCUCUUCUGCUGAUCGUUUUCUGGCCCUGCUGUUGCCCAGCAUUCUUGACCAACUUCAAUUCACAGAACAGAAUCUUGAUGACCUACUAACUCGAAAAAAAUGCGAAAGAAUGGCUAAGGCCAUUGACAUUUUGCUUACUUUGUGUGGAGAUGAUACGUUAAAAAUGCAUGUUGCUAAACUAUUGACUACACUCAGAUGUACAUCUCUAAUAGAACAACAGUUUUCAUGUAGCAAGAUUGACCUUGAGUUUGGAACAAAGGUAGCAGAUUCUGAACUUUGCAAACUUGCUGCAGAUGUCAUUUUGAAAACACUUGAUCUUAUGAGUAGGCUUAAACAGUUGGUUCCUGGCAUGGAAGUCACUUUCUACAAAGUGCUUCAGGAUCAACGUUUGAUUACUCCUUUAGCUUUCGCCUUAACAUCAGAGAAUAGGGAACAAGUACAGUGUGGACUUGGACUGCUACUGGAAGCUGCACCAUUACCAGAUUUCCCUGCCAUAGUCCUUGGUGAAAGUAUUGCAGCAAAUAAUGCGUAUAGACACCAGGACGCAGAGCAUGUGCCCAAAAGAAUCCAUGUACAGUCAGUAACUCCAAAUCUUUCAGCAUCUCUACAGGGCUCAACUUCUCACCUUUCAAAUGACAGCAUCCCUGGUUUAAACAUUCAGGAGCUAAUACAGAAACUUCAGACUGGAAUGGAGAUGAAGGAUCAGAUGUCUGAUGUGAGAAUAUCUGACAUAAUGGAUGUCUAUGAAAUGAAAUUGUCUACAUUAGCAUCCAAAGAAAGUAGGUUACAGGAUCUUUUGGAAGCAAAGGCCUUGGCCCUUGCACAGGCUGAUAGACUGAUUGCUCAGUACCGUUGUCAAAGAACCCAAGCUGAAUCAGAAGCGAGGACCCUUGCUUCUAUGUUGAGAGAAGUUGAGCGAAAAAAUGAAGAGCUUGGAAUGUUACUGAAAUCACAACAGAUUGAAUCAGAACGGGUCCAGAGUGAUAUAGAGCAUCUCUUUCAACAUAAUAGGAAGUUGCAAACUGUGGCUGAAGAACAUGAAGUGCUGAAAAAGUCCUAUAUGGAACUUAUUCAGAGGAGUGAAGCUUUUGAAAGGAAGAGUAAAGAUUUACAGGUCACAUGCGAUUCUCUAAACAAACAAAUUGAGACAGUGAAAAAAUUGAAUGAAUCACUCAAGCAACAAAAUGACAAAACGAUUGCUCAGUUAAUGGAAACAGAAGAGCAAAGGAAAGAAAUACAGAAUCAGCUAGUGGAGAGAGAAUGUGUAAUAGCAAACUUACAACAAAAAACAAAAGCCUACGAGGACAAUCUGAGAAUUCUGCAAAAAGAAAGAGAAGAUAGGGAAGAAACUAUUGAAAUUCUGAGAAAAGAAUUAAAUAGAACGGAGCAGGCAAGAAAAGAAUUAAGCAUUAAGGCUUCUUCCCUGGAGGUUCAAAAGGCACAACUGGAAAAUCGGUUGGAAGAGAGAGAGACUCUGGUAAAACAGCAGCAAGAGGAGCUGAACAAGCACUCUCACAUGAUAGCGAUGAUCCACAGCUUGAGUGGUGGAAAAUUGAAUCCAGAGACAGUGAACCUCAGCCUCUAGCACCC